AUGGGAUGGAUGGUGAAAAAGCUGAAGAAGCUGAAGCAGAAACUGAAGCAGAAACUGAGAUCCAAGUCAUGGAGGAAAAAGAAGGAAAAAGAGAGGGAGAUGGAGAUGGCGAUGGAAAAGUGCCUCUUGGAGAACGGAAGCAUCUUGUUGAAAGAACUUAUCGCUGAUUGUAACGGUAAGUCAAUUCCUAUACGCACCUUUUCUUGUUCCCAGAUCCUAGAAGCAACCAAUAACUUCGACUACAGUUAUCUUGUCGCCAAAGGGGACGGCUACGAAUGGCAUAAAGGUAUCAUCGAAGAUAAGCCUUACUUGUUCAAGAGAUUCUCCAAUCAACUAAUGAGAGAAGGCAGAGUUUCAGAGAUUUACAAUGACAUUGCAUUGUCUGCUCGGAUGAGCAACCACAACAACUUUCUUAAACUAUUUGGAUGCUGUCUCGAGGUUGUUCUUCCGGUUCUCGUGUUUGAAAACGCAGGGCACGGUGUUCUGAAUGACAGAGGAGGUCUUAUGGUAACUGACGUGGAGCAACCUAUAUUGCCUUUGAGUUUACGGUUGAAGAUUGCAAAGGAGAUUGCAGAUGCUUUGGCUUACCUUCACAUGGCGUUCUCAAAGAUCACCAUACAUAGAGAUGUUAAGCCAACGAACAUUUUCUUGGACAAGAACUUAACCGCAAAGUUGUCCAAUCUCUCCCUCGCCGAAACACUCCCUGAAGGAAAAUCAAGAAUAACAACUAUUGUGUCAGGAACACACGGUUACAUCGAUCCAGUAAUCUUUGAAAACGCUUCGGUAACAGAAUACACCGACGUGUACGCCUUUGGAAUUUUCUUGAUAGUUCUUCUCACUGGUAGACCAGCUCUUGACCCCAGGAGGCGUGAAUGGACUCCUCAUCGUAUUCUUGGCUACGUGAAAGGCUCACAAGAGAAUGGGAAGCUCGGUGAAGUGAUCGAUCCACUGAUGGCAAAUGAGAUUACAAGUGGUGAAAGAUCGCAGGCGGAAGCGUGUAUUGAACUUGCGCUUAUGUGUUGUGAGACGAAAGAUGAAGACAGGCCGAAGAUGAUCCAAGUGGCUAACCAAAUCAAGCGGAUUCAGGCAUCAUCUUAG